AUGGAAAACGGGCGAGGAAGUCAUAAUGGCGACGCUCCGUUUCCAGUGUACCCACCAGAAUUGAUGAAACACCAACCAAGUGAUAAACAUGAAACAGUCGAUGUUCGACUGAGCUGGCGCAGCUUCAGUACGUCGGCCGGGAGUCCUUCGCGAUUGUUCGAUUUCCUUCGACUUUCGGAAAGCAAUGACUGUUUACAACUCCCUUCGCCUUUUUCACCAAGCCCUAGGAGAUUCUUUGACAGCAUUGAGACCGGUCAGAGCACGACAGUGGAAGUAAAGGACCACCGACAUGAAACAGAGGUCAGUGUUAACACGCAGAAUGGUAGAAUAAAUAGUGAAUUGGUGUGCGACAUAGAGCGCGAAAUCGAAGCGAAAGAAGUAAUGGCUGUGAAUUUAUGCCAAGAAGACGAAGAGAGCACAGAGUGUCACACCAUUUGUAUAAAUUUACCUUUAGACUUAGAAGGUCCAUCAAGCGUUCAACAAUCGAUUGACAAGGCUAAAACUGAAAACCAAGGUACCACAAGAAACGGCAUAACGACUAGGAAGGACUCCACCUCAAAGAUUGAGGAGCUGAGGGAUCCGGAGACCUCAGCUUUGUUCCGAUCUCCGAGACUGUCCCAUCCUUUUCCGAUUCCAAAUACGAGUCGUUUGGCUUUACGAAGAAAAGUCAAACGCGAAGCAUCGCAACCGCUUCCGUCUUCAAUCGUAAAUGAAACUAGGAGAAAUACGAAGGAAUCUCUGACCCCAAGGAAUCGAUCACUAUUGCGACCCACCAUGAGCCAUUUUAGUGCGACAAAAUCAAAGAGAGUGUCAUCCGUGGCGAAUGCGUGUGAGAAUGGCAGAUUAUCAUGCGCUAACAGAAGUCCCAAAACACCUGCAAUGAAUGGCUGGCACUGUCCUUAUACCAACAACACGCGAAUUCGUCGAUCGGCCGUUCGAUGGAAUCGUACAACUUCUGACAUGCUGAAGAUGGGACAAAAGCAGCGAGCAUCGUGCUUGCAAAGGGACAAAUUGGCGAACAGUGCUUGGGAAAAUGACGAAAUUUUCCUAGAAAGAAACAGAAAGAAAGCUGUCCCCACCUGGCCGAGAAUUUCUCAGCCAAAUAGCUUAACCUGUCCCGUGUCUUCUCAAUUAACCAGGAAAUUUCAUGACAUAUCCAACGGGUUUGCGUCAUGCAAAGCGAGUCAGUUCCACCCCUCUGUAAACUCAGGAGUAUGCUUCAAAAAGCAGAACUCUUUCGUUAUUCCCGAGAAAUUGCGAGGUUCUCCGAUUUCAACGGUGGAGAAAACUCAGAAAUCAUCGUGGAUGUUAAAUUCACAAGGAAUGAGCGAUACUCUUAGGGGCCAUAAACCGAGAAAUUCCAACUUCAAAUCGACAGACGACCGAAGAGAGGCAACGGAAUCGUUGCAAUGCACGCAAAUUUCUACUGCAUCACUGCCAAAAAUCUGCCGGCCUCGACAGCAAAGACUGUUACGUCGCACAGCGAUCUCGUCGGCAGAAACAUCUUCCAUGACGUCACAUGCCCUACGACCCACUUCCAAGUCCCAAGCAGCCAAAGAGAGUCCUUCGUCAUCAUUGCAGAUGUCGCGCAAGAACAUCCCUGGGAUGGUUCCCAAUGCCACACCUUUCCAUCUGAGGAAUCCUUCAACGGGUUACCUCGCUAUUCGUCGCCAACUAAAACGCCAAAAUUCCAGUUCUUUGUCAACUUCAACGCGUAAGGAGAUAUGA